AUUAUUAUAAAAAUAAGGAAAAGGAGACUUUAUUGUGACAUUUUUUGGAAGAUACAACAUCAUUAGGUAAGUAAUGUCGAUCAUUUUAGUGAAAAAUGUGCUUAUUGAGUGGGAAAUGAGGUUAAAAUCUAAAUAUAACCUUUUUAUUAUAAUUUGUAAUGAGUGAGGCUACAAAUGUGUCUCUAAUUCUUCAAACUCCUUCAUUAAAGCAUCUCUCUCUAGACCACAAUAUAAACUCGGAUUCAAAAUGGCGGCCAUUGCUGGAGGUGAAUUACACAGCUCGUCCUUUCCUUCACAAGUUCCAACUCAUCCCCAGUCUACACUCUUUACACUACCUCCUUCGGCUUCAGCUUCAGACGUGAAAUGUGUCAACAUGAAUCCAACCGCUGAAGACUGUUACUUCUAUUUUUAUUCCACCUGCUCCAAAGGUGACAAAUGUCAAUUUAGACAUUGUUCUGCUGCUAUUGGUAACGAAGAAAUCUGUCAACUUUGGAAGGAAGGAAAGUGCAAACGCCAAGCAUGUGCUUUCAGACACUCAAACUCAAACAGGCAGAGAGCGUCAAUACCGUGCUACUGGGAGAAUCAGCCCUCAGGCUGUCUCAAGAGUCACUGUCCUUUUAAGCACUUUAAACCUCGUCCUUCUCCUCCGUCUAAAGAGGAGAGAGUUAAGGAAUGCAUCAAAAUAAUUAAUUCUGAGAAAGUUGCUUCCAUCGAAGUCAAAUCUCUCAUGGAGAUAAAAAAAGAAAAAGAGAAACAGCAACUCUUCUCUCUCUCUCCUUUCUCAACGUCAGGAGUCGCUAGACCAUUCAAACUGGAUCAUGCCAUACCUCACACAAAUGAAGACACCAACUACAUCAAUCUCUCCACUACUAACGUAUCUACUGAUUCACUACUCACUCUUCCAGUCACAACACACUCUAUCUCUACUCCUGAUGUUUACUCUACUACCAGUAGUGCUGCUACUAAACUCACUCAGUCUUCCUCAGAGUCACCAAACAUACUUUCAUCUGCUGCUCCUCCUCCUCUUGCGACUACAGCUGUACUGUGUAAUGGGGCCUCAGCUUCAAUCACGACCUUCAAAGAGUUCACAUUUCAAAUCUCUCCUACCAAAGAUAAGCCUUCUUUGUUAUCAGAUGGUCAAGUCCCUCCUCAACCAGUCCCGAGGAAAAGAAAGAAAAUCAUACUCCGUCGUCCUUCGUCUACGACCAGUGUCAGUGCAUUGGUCGAAGGAGAGGGGGUAGAGACACCUUUGGCCAGGGAGCCAUCGUCGCAGUCUGUUAGUCCAGUAAUAGAGGAGAGGGAGGAAGAAGAGGAGGAGGAGACUGAUGGAGGACCGGCUUGUAAAGUGGCUAAGAAGUCUGAUCAAGAAUCCGCUAUUGAGAACAUUGCAAAGAUGACUGCAGAAAUUCGUUCAGAGCUGAAUGCCAGUCAAGAAAGUCAGGAUUCUAUUUUCAACAUUGAAUUGGAUGAUCUAGUUGAUGAUGCUGGUGAGACCAGUAUGGUUGACGAUGACGAAUUGCUAUUAGAAUUGGAAGAACUUUGUAAAUAAUGAUGAAUGACAACUGCUUGUAUUAUUGAUAUCCUCCUUGUUAUUAUCAUUGUUAUGAUCAUUAU